AUGCGACUCCCCCCUUUGGCCCUGGUGGCCCUUCCACUAGUCUUAGCCUAUUAUCCUCGUCCGCAAAGAUUACGUCCCACUUCUGUACCUACUCAAAACUCACCAGUCAAGAAGGCUGAUUUGCCAGCAGAAGGAUUACAUCAAAAUGUAUAUUUAGUAUCGGCAAGAGAUUAUUUAUGUUUGAGUCCUUCCAAUAUGACUUUAGAUUUGUCUACUGUGUUAUCGACUUCAUCUACGUCGUCUAGUGUGCCUAUGAGAGCGAGGGGGAACGUACCCACUUCGGCUGUGAGGGCAAGCCGGGAUUAUCCCUCCGGAUCAAAAGACGAAGAUGGGAGGAGUGUUAGGGAAGGGAGUGAUAGAGUUUUGAAGAGAGGAAUCGAGGAGAGGGAUAGUUCGGUCAGAGGAAAAGAAAAGAGAGAUGGAUCGAUAGGAUUAGAAAUGACUAAUACUUCCAAUAUGUCUUACGUACCUGGAACAGUGGUGAAUAAAGUCAAUUGCACACAAGCGCAAACAUGGGAUAUAUCUUUCAACCAAGCUGGGAGUAUCACGUUGAGUGGGACGGAGUUAGUUUUGGAAGGUGAAGUCGGGGACUUCGGAAGGUUAUUCCUGAACAAUGUAACAAACUCGACGGGACAAAAUUGGUUUUGGACCCGAGACGAUCAUAUCGCUAUUGUUGAUGCUGGUAAAUGUUUAGAUGAUGGGGAUGGGAAUGUUGAGGUAUAUACAUGUUAUGGGAAUAAUGUUAAGCAAACUUGGAUUGUGGGUGAUUUAGAUACUGCUAAUCAAGCUCCAAUUCGAGAAGGUCAAGGUCAAAAUACGAUUUGUACGGAUAUUCCACCUGGAACACCGAUGAAUGAUACUCAAGGUGAUUUCAGUAGGAUUCAUCCUUGUCAAAGAUCUGAUCUCUGCGUUUCCGCCCUUGAUUGUCAACAGGUUAAUGGAACUUUGAAUUGUCCUUCUUUGGGCGUGACAUACUGUGUCAACGCAACCGAUCCAUCUGCAAUGUACCAAUUCUUCGAUCUAACAACCAUUUCAAACGGUUCAAACCCAUUGACAAUGUCACCAUCUGAUUCAUUCACAUGUUGGAACGCAGGUCCUAAUCCUCAAACAGGAGAUCAAGUAGGGAUAGAUAGUUGUCAGUUGAAAGGGAGUGGAAUGGAGAAUUGGGAAUAUACCGAUGAUUUACAUUUAGCAACUACUGGUGAUCAAUGUCUCGCUGUCAUAGAUGGUUCAACAGGAAAGAACACAACACCAUGGAAUAGUUUAUCAGAUCUUCAAUUAACAGAAUGUGAUCCGAUUGAUCAACAUCAGAUGUUCCUCACUCCAUGA